AUGUCAGAAGAACCUGUGGACCGCACGAACCCAGCAAUUGCUGAGGAACGUGAUAUACAAGCCCUAGAUUCGACCACGACUGUUGAUAUCAAUGUGAAUUCGGUAACCGACGCUGAUGCGAACGUGGAGAACAACACCCCUGAUGUGCCUGAUGUUGAUGUGACGCCAUCUCCAUCAGCAAAUAAAACUGUAAAUAGUAACACCGAGGGAGCGGCCCAUGCUAGAAAUGCGUCAAUUGUAUCUAUGAAUAACGCGAACAUUAAAUCGGUUGUUUUGUUUGUAAAAUCAACGUUGGAAUCCAUAAUGAAAUCCAAAGAACUUAAGAAACUUACGAGUUGUCAGAAAGAUAUAGAAAGGACUUUGAAGUCCCUAGAACAAACCUCAGCAGCGCCAACCGGAACUUCGGUAGAAAUUGACUCGUUGCUCGUUUUUGAAGCGUUAAGAUCAUGUUGCAGAUCUAAGAUCAUUGAUAUUCAAAUAAAGGCUUUAGAUUGUUUCGCUAAACUGUUCUCCUUUCAAGCCUUGGACGAAUCGCUGCUAGUGAAUCCUCCAGACUCAAUGGCUUCAAACGAUCAGAACCCUGAAAAUAUUGGAAUUACUCCACCUCCAAAACAAAAGCUUAUUGAUGCGGUAAUUGACACAAUUUGUGAUUGUUUUGAAGGGGAAAAUACAGACUCAAGAGUGGAACUGCAAGUUGUACGUGGUUUAGCCAGUUGUAUCUUAAUCGAUGAAGCUACUUCUUGUGUCCAUGGCGCUUCCUUAUUGAAGGCCAUCAGACAAAUUUACAACAUUUUCAUCUUUUCGCUACAUUCAUCCAAUCAAGGCAUAGCGCAAGCCACUUUGACCCAAAUUGUCACGACCGUUUUCGAUAGGAUCGAUGUGAAAAGUUUGAAUCAACAGAGAUCACUUUCAACAAUUAGCUUAAAGAAUGCUGCUUCCACCAAUGGAGGAACAUCCACUCCAUCAUCUGAACAUCCGUUAACUUUGCAAAAUUUGGAUACACUAAAUGACGAGACUGAAAGACUGGUAGACGAAGAAGAAAAUUUCCAGAAACCCGAUGACUCCAUCACUGAUGAACAAGCUCUUACCAUCAAAGACGCUUUCCUUUUGUUUAGAGCCAUGGCAAAAAUAUCUGCAAAACCUUUGGAAGACUCACUAGAUAUGAGAUCUCAUGUAGUAAGAUCGAAACUUUUAUCUCUUCAUACUCUACAUUCAAUAUUAAAAGACCAUAUCGACGUUUUCUUGUCUCAAAACGUUAGGGUUCCAGGAAAAGAGCAAGUCAGCUUAGUUCAUGCAGUCAAUCAGUAUUUGUGUUUAUCACUUGCGAGAAAUGCAGCCUCUCCAAUUGCGCCCGUGUAUGAGAUAACUUUAGAAAUUAUGUGGUUGAUAAUAUCGAACUUGAGAUCUGAGUUUAAGAGAGAGAUUCCCGUGUUCCUCACAGAUAUUUAUUUCCCUAUUGCGGAUUUAAAGUCUUCGACCAAUCACCAGAAAAGAUACUUUUUGAGUAUUAUCCAACGUGUUUGUAAUGAUCCACGGACGCUCAUUGAAUUCUAUCUUAAUUAUGACUGUGAUAGUCAUAUGCCAAAUGUUGUUGAGUUGAUCAUAAACUACCUCACAAAAUUAGCUCUUACACGUGUAGAUGUGACAACAUCACAAAGAGCUUAUUACAAUGAUUCAUUAAGCAAGCCGCUUGCAACAUUUAGUUAUACUCAAGUUCCUUUGUUAUCGAUCUCCAAUAUCCCAUCAUCUUCUGACUCCUCUCAACUUCCGUUUCCGGUUGAUUAUGCUCUAAAACAAAUGGCCCUUACAUGUAUGGUCGCGUUCCUCACAUCUUUGAGUUCAUGGGCACAUAAAGCGCUAAAUUCCAGUUCGAUCAACACGGUAGGGAGUAGCCAAUCCAAAGCUUUGAGCCAGAGAGCAGAUUCCUCAACCCUCCUAUCUUCGAACAGACCUCGUUCAACUUCUGCUCUCAGUUCGGUGUCUAACACGGAUACAAACUCUGUAUCUGAAUCAACAACAAAUGAAGAAGUAGAUGACCCUCUGCAAUUUGAAACUGCUAAAUUAAGGAAAACGGAACUGUUGAAUUGUGUGAAGUUAUUUAACUACAAAACUAAGAAGGGAAUUGCAGAGUCGAUAAAAAAAGGUUUCAUCGAGGACGAUUCCAGUGUUGCUAUUGCAAAAUGGUUAUUGAAUACCGAUGGGCUUGACCUAUCUGCCGUAGGAGAAUAUCUUGGUGAAGGCAAUGAAAAAAAUAUUUCUAUCAUGCACGCAUUUGUUGAUCAGUUUGAAUUUACAAAUCUCUCCAUAGUUAGUGCUUUAAGAUUAUUCCUUCAAAAGUUUAGAUUACCUGGCGAAGGACAAAAAAUUGAUAGAUUCAUGCUUAAAUUCGCUGAGCGCUUCGUUGAUCAAAACCCUAAUGUUUUCUCUAAAGCAGAUACAGCUUAUGUUUUGGCAUAUUCGAUUAUUCUUUUGAAUACCGACUUGCAUUCCACUCAGAUCAAAAAGAAAAUGACUCUUGAAGAGUUUAUAGAGAAUAACUCAGGCAUAGACAAUGGAAAGGACUUGCCAAGGGAAUACAUGGAACAAAUAUUCGAAGAGAUAUCAAACCAUGAAAUCAAAUUGCUCUCGGAACAACACCAAGCAAUGAUUUCGGGUGAUGCUACUGCAGCGUUACCUCAGCAAUCCUCAUUUGGGUUCUUCAAUGGCAAGGAUUAUGAAAGGGAAGCCUAUAUCCAAGUGUCUAAGCAAAUUUCUUCGAAGACCGAAUUAGUAUUCAAAAACUUGAGCAAGAAUAAGGACACUGUGUACUACGCUGCAUCACACGUUGAACAUGUUAAAUCGAUUUUCGAAACAUUGUGGAUGUCUUUCUUGGCUGCUUUGACCCCUCCUUUCAAGGAAUACAAUGACAUAGAAACUUCUGAUUUAUGCCUUAAGGGUAUCAAAACUUCUAUCAAAAUCGCUGCUACGUUCGGCAUUGAUUAUGCAAGGGCUUCAUUCGUCGGUGCAUUAAUUCAAUUCGCUAAUCUUCAAAACCUUGAAGAAAUAAAAAUAAAGAAUGUAUAUGCAAUCAUAACUCUUCUUGAAAUCGCUGUUUCGGAAGGUAAUUACAUGAAGGACUCCUGGAAAGAUAUUCUAGUCAUCGUUUCUCAAGUGGAGCGUUUACAAUUAAUUUCAAAGGGUGUAGAUAGAGAAACUGUUCCUGAUGUUACUCAGGCAAGAUUGGCCAACCAUAGAUCCUCUUUCGAGUCCACGCGCUCUUCUUCCACCCAAAACUUCUUUGAUAGAUGGACAAGAAAGGCCACACCUGGUGAGAUUGCUCAAGAGAAACAUUAUAACCAAACACUUUCGCCAAACAUCUCGAAAUUCAUAACGUCUAGUGAAUUGGUUGUUCUUAUAGACAAAAUUUUCACCAAUUCCUCAGCUUUGUCAGGUUCUGCCAUUGUGGAUUUCAUAAAGGCUUUAACUGAAGUGUCCUUUGAAGAGAUUGAAUCUUCUCAGAAUGCGACCACGCCUAGAAUGUUUUCUCUACAAAAGAUGGUUGAUGUUUGCUAUUACAACAUGGAUCGUAUAAGAUUAGAGUGGACUCCUAUAUGGAAUGUCAUGGGUGAGGCUUUCAAUAGAAUUGCAACAGAAUCUAAUUUGGCUGUUGUAUUUUUCGCCAUUGACUCCUUACGUCAAUUAUCUAUGAGAUUUUUAGAUAUCGAAGAGUUGACAGGAUUCGAAUUCCAACUUGACUUCUUGAAACCAUUUGAACACACUGUAGAAAACACGAGGGACAUCGAUGUCCAAGAGAUGUGUAUUGAGUGUUUCCAUAAUUUCAUUUUAACUAAGUCUGGAAAGAUUAAGUCCGGUUGGAAGCCAAUCUUGAAAUCUCUACAGUACACUGCCCAAUCUCCAAAUGAGAGGAUUGUAACGAGAACAUAUGAACUAGUAUCUUAUGACAUUGUGAAAGAUCAUUUCUAUGAUGUGUUUGCCUUGGAUGAUUCUUUUGUGGACUUAGUUGUAGUUUUCAAAGAAAUCACCAAAAACCAAAAGCAUCAAAAACUUGCUCUACAUUCGUUAGAAACAUUGAAGAGAAUUACCAACCAAGUAGCCGACUUAUGUUUCAAAAAUCAUGACCAUCAGUUACUACAAGGCAAGGAUGAGUUUGAGGACGUUUGGUUACCGUUACUCUUCUGUUUCAAUGAUACUAUCAUGACAGCUGUCGAUCUUGAAGUUAGAUCAAGAGCAUUGAACUAUAUGUUUGACGCAUUAGUGGCAAACGGAGCUGAGUUUGAUGAAGAGUUCUGGAAUAAGAUUUGUACCCAGUUGUUAUUCCCCAUCUUUGGAAUUUUAUCGAAACAUUGGGAAGUGAACCAAUUCAAUAGUCAUGACGAUAUGAGUGUAUGGCUAUCAACCACAUUGAUUCAAGCAUUAAGAAAUAUGGUUGCUCUUUUCACCCACUAUUUCGAAUCAUUAAAUGGAUUGUUAGACGGCGUUCUUGGAUUGAUGGUAUCCUGUAUAUGCCAAGAAAAUGACACAAUUGCCAGAAUUGGUAGAUCAUGCUUACAGCAGUUGAUUCUCCAAAACAUGUCGGAAUUCAACGAUACUCAUUGGCACCAGGUUACAGAAGCGUUCAGCACAUUAUUCCAGUUGACUACGGCCAACGAAUUGUUCGAGAGCGAUCCAUUGAAGCAAGGUAGAAGAAAAUCUGUUCCAAAUACUGCUGGUACCGACUCAACUACACCAACAAACAACACUACCAAAGAAAGCAACAACAGCAACGUCGAGGAAGAAGUGGAAAGAGCCAUCGCUGAAGAGAACGGUCAAGACGUUGGUAACGAGCAAGGAACGAUUUCCAAUGGAGACAUCGAUGCAUUACCACCAAGAAGGUUAGUGGAAACGAAGAGUACCGAAGAAUUGAAACAGAAGGUGAGUGUGAAAAACACUAUUGUUGUGAAAUGUAUUCUCCAGUUGCUAAUGAUUGAGUCCCUAAGUGAACUAUUCGAAGUGGAACAGUUCAUCAACAGCAUCCCAUUCGACGAAGCCAUCAAAUUAACCACUCUAUUGGAACGUUCGUACGAGUUCGCACGUGACUUCAACGACGACUACGAAUUGAGAACAAGACUAGUUGAAGCCAGAGUCUCAAACAAGAUUCCAAACUUGGCAAAGCAAGAGACAAGCUCUUCUGCCGUAUUAAUCAACAUCUUAUUCAAGUUGUACCUGAAUAGAGAAUCCUCCGAGAACGGAUCCACAAAAGAGAUCAAGAAAAAUCAAAAGAAUCUGUUACAAAGGCUAGUCGGCAUCUGCGUCUCCAUAGUGCAAAGAUACGUAGCAAUGAACGAUGGCGUAUCUGAAAGAGCUGCAAACAACUGGAGACCGGUUAUUGUCGAAAUCAUCCAGGGAUACUCUGAAUUUGACGAUAAUGACUACAAACAACAAUGUAAGACGAUGUACGACCUCAUUCUACAAAUUCUAGAUAAACCAUGUCCCGACGACUUACGCCACGUGAUCAGACUCUUCCUAACAAGAACCAGAGAUAUCUUUCUAGAUAGCGAGAAAGUGUAA